GAGGGGGAGGCGCGGGCAGCCAUGGUGGCUGUGGUGUCUGCUGCAGGUGGAGCGUGCCCAACAGUCCUGCAGGUGGCCGGCCUCUACCGGGGUCUUUGUGCAGUGCGCAGCUGUGCCCUGGGGUUGGGACUCGUGUCACCAGCGCAGCUGUGCGUGUUCCCGGUAGGCCGGGGCUCCGGCCCGCCCUCUGGGGGAGCAGAUGGCAGAGGGGUCAGCGAGUUGGAAGCUAACCCCUUCUACGACCACUACCGGGACAAGAUCCAGCAGUUGUGCAGGUCCGACCCAGCUGCUUUUGAGUCCCGUCUGGAGAAAUGCAGUGAGUUUCGGAAGCAACCAGUGGAGCACUCCAAACAAAGUGAUUUUAUCAGAUGUGUGGAGCAGAAGACAGAUGCCUCAGGGAAACAGCCUGUGAGCAAAGGAUUCACUAAGGACAAGACUCUCAGUUCAAUCUUUAACAUUGAGAUGGUGAAAGACAAAACUGCAGAGGAAAUAAAACAGAUUUGGCAGCAGUAUUUUUCAGCAAAAGACACGGUCUACGCAGUUAUUCCUAAAGAGAAGUUUGAUUUGAUCUGGAACCGGGCUCAGUCCUGCCCAACAUUCCUUUGUGCACUACCAAGAAGAGAUGGUUAUGAGUUCUUCGUAGGACAGUGGACGGGUACUGAACUCCAUUUCACUGCUCUUAUAAAUAUUCAGACCCGAGGGGAUGCAGCAGCCAGCCGGCUGAUUUUAUAUCACUAUCCUGAACUUAAGGAAGAAAAGGGCAUAGUGCUGAUGACAGCUGAAAUGGAUUCCACAUUUCUGAGUGUUGCUGAGGCGCAGUGCAUCGCCAAUCAAGUUCAACUCUUCUAUGCCAUUGAUCAGAAGGAGAUCUUUGGGCUAGUAGAAACCUUUAACUUCAGACCAAAUGAGUUCAAAUAUAUGUCUGUCAUCGCCGAAUUGGAGCAAAGUGGACUUGGAGCAGAACUGAAAUGUGCCCAGAACCAGGAUAAGACUUAGAGAUAUCUGGAUUGUACCUUCGCAGAGUUUACUCAGCCCUGGAUAGCCUAAAGUCCACCCAAACCCUUGACCUCCAGAGUUCAACGCACAAAGCAGUCUGUACAGAGUUACCAUGUAUGCUACUACAAGAAGUGAUUGUGGGCAUGAGCCCUAAUACUUGAUACUCAGAACGAAGGUAUACAAAUACUUUGAUAAUUACCUCUCACUCUAAGGGUUCCUUUUU